AUGGAACUUUCCUGGGCUAGUGUGAGUAGCAUGGGAAAAAUCCCUCAGCCCAGAGCAUUCAGCGCAUUUAGGGCCUGUGGGGUCUGGCAAGCCAUUCGGGAUGUCUUUCCAAGAGUGACCAUCAAGGGAUGUGUGUUCCACUGGACAAAAGCUGUGUGGACCCAUGUUCAACAACUGGGAUUCGUUGCAACAUUCACAGAAAGAGAGUCCACCCACACCUUUAUUAAGCAGCUGAUGGCUUUGCCAUUUCUUCCUUGGAAUCACAUCCCAGACGUGUUUGCUGCCAUGCGCAGUAGAUGUCCUCAUUCACUUCAGGAGCUAAUGAAUUACAUCGACAAUCAGUGGAUGCAGAACCCAGUAUUUCCAAUCAGAACAUGGAGUGUAUAUGCCUUCAGUGUCCGAACCAACAAUGACGUCGAAGGUUGGCAUCGGAGAAUGAAGGUUGAAGCUCAAGGACUAGCCCUCCCUCUUUACCAGAUCAUUCCCCUUCUUCGGAGAGAGGCAGAGUUAAUAAGGACGCGGAUUGCCGCCGUAGACCUUGAAAGAAACACCAGGAAGGCGACAAAUAGAACACAGAAAAGGAUCGAAGAGGCGUCAGAACUUUACAUGCAGCAAAGAAUUACAGUGUCCCAUUUUUGGAAGAUAUAUGGUGACUUGUACUCUGGUGUCUACGAUCUCCAUUUGUAA